CUUGUGUCAGUCAGCGCAGCACCCGAGAGAAGUCUGUAUUUAUAUUAAAUUAAACGCGGCAAAUGGUAUUUGAUGAAUACUUCGAGGAACGAGUUGGAUAGAGGAUAAUGAUAGCUUCGGCAAAAUCGACGGAUAUCUAUCUUAUUACGGAUUUGGCGUUGAAAUAUCGCGAAGAAUUUCUGGUUGACGCUUUUUGCGGAGUUAUUACUUCACUAACAGCACAAAGGACUGACUGCUGCUAGUGCUUCAGCUCUUACAUGGGUUAAAAUAGAAACCGCGCGAUCGGAGGGAAUUUAAAGCAGAGACCUCUUCACGGUCAUUUGAAUGGAAGUGUAGGAAAUACUUUACAGCGGAAUUUGGAUUUAACAUGUAGGCUGAGAUGCCGGGAAGGAAGGGACUUCUCGCGCCCCAAAAUACAUUUUUGGAUACAAUCGCUAGGCGUUUUGAUGGAACUCAUAGUAACUUUGUCUUGGGAAAUGCUCAGGCCAUCAACUAUCCAAUUGUCUACUGUUCAGAUGGAUUCUGCGAACUUACUUGCUUCUCCCGGGCACAGGUCAUGUCAAAAAGUUGUGCCUGUAAGUUUUUGUACGGCCCAGAGAGCAAAGAGGAGAAAAAAAUGGAAAUCGACAUGGCCUUGGAAAAUCACAAGGAACUUAAAACAGAAGUAUUGUUUUACAAGAAAAAUGGAACUCCUUUUUGGUGCUUACUGGAUAUUGUCCCUAUCAAAAAUGAAAAGGGUGAAGUGGUGCUUUUCUUAUGUUCACACAAGGACAUCACGAAAGAGAAGGUCAUAUCCAUGGACACAGAUGCAGCUGUCCAAGGGGACAGUCCCACCCAUGACCCCGAUCUACUUGAAUCUUCCAACAAUGACAUCAAAUACCAGCGGCGAAGAAGUCGGGCUGUGCUUUAUCACCUCUCAGGACAGUUCCAGAAACCAAACAAGUCCAAACUCCAGUUAAAUAAGCUCCAAAACCUUUCUGGUAAAAAAACUCUUCCUGAAUACAAAGUACAAGAAGCCCACCGACCCCGACUCAUUCUUCUCCACUACAGUAUCUUCAAGAUAGCAUGGGACUGGCUUAUUCUUCUCUGUACAUUUUACAUCGCAGUUAUUGUCCCGUUUAAUGCAUGUUUUGUGGCAACCCAAGAAGAUGGGGAGCGGAAGUCUCUUGUCGCAGAUGUGAUAGUAGAAAUGUUAUUUAUUAUAGAUAUUGUUUUAAAUUUUAGAACUACAUAUGUUAGUAGUAGUGGGCAAGUCAUAUAUGAUCCCAAGAUGAUUGCCAUCAACUAUAUCAAAGGCUGGUUUGUACUGGACCUACUAGCAGCAAUUCCCUUUGACUUACUGUACAUGUUACAAGUGGAUACGGGAACUCUGAUCCACUUGCUCAAAAUCGCACGAUUACUUAGGUUAGCUCGCCUCCUACAGAAAAUGGACCGAUACUCUCAAUACAGCACUGUUAUACUCGCCUUGCUCAUGUCUACGUAUGUGCUCAUUGCUCAUUGGUUGGCAUGCAUUUGGUAUUUAAUUGGAAAAGAGGAAAUAAAUGCAAAUGGGGCCAAUUGGACUGUAGGUUGGAUCUUUGAGCUAACAGAAAGGAUAGACCUGCCCGUGUAUAACAAGUCUGAUAUUCCUGAUGUUGCCACUUCAUAUUUGACUGCACUGUAUUUUACAACAAGCAGCCUCACCAGUGUAGGCUUUGGCAAUGUAUCAGCCAACACCAAUGCUGAAAAAAUAUUCUCUAUCUGUGCAAUGUUAGUUGGAGCUCUGAUGCAUGCUGUCGUGUUUGGUAACGUGACUGCCAUUAUACAGCGCAUGUACUCACGACGGCAAACCUACCACACAAAAACACGAGACCUCAAGGAUUUCUUCUGUACCCACCACAUUCCCAAACCCUUAAAACAGAGGAUGCAGGAGUUUUUUCAGACCACUUGGUCUAUCAACAAUGGAAUAGACCCCAUUGAGAUUUUGAAAGAUUUCCCAGAAGAGUUGCGAGGGGACAUUUCAAUGCACCUCUACAGGGAUAUCCUCAGCUUGCCUAUAUUUGAGACUGCCAGUCAGGGUUGUGUGAAGUCUGUCUCCUUGCAGAUUAAGACAAGUUUCUGUGCACCAGGGGAAUACCUUGCUCACAAGGGAGAUGCCAUCAACUAUAUCUACUACCUGUGCAGUGGUUCCAUGGAGAUUCUGAAAGAUGACAUGGUGGUGGCCAUUUUAGGCAAGGGGGACCUGUUUGGCUGUGACAUUGACUUUGAGGACAUGGUCAACAAAUCCAGCUGUGAUGUCCGCUCUCUGACCUACUGUGAUCUGCAGUGCAUAUGUAUUAAGGGACUACUGGAAGUACUGAUGCUUUACCCAGAGUUUGCUGAGAGUUUCACCAAUGAUCUGCAGCAUGACCUAACUUACAACCUCAGAGAAGGCUAUGAGAUAGCAGUUGGCAAGGGGGACCUGUUUGGCUGUGACAUUGACUUUGAGGACAUGGUCAACAAAUCCAGCUGUGAUGUCCGCUCUCUGACCUACUGUGAUCUGCAGUGCAUAUGUAUUAAGGGACUACUGGAAGUACUGAUGCUUUACCCAGAGUUUGCUGAGAGUUUCACCAAUGAUCUGCAGCAUGACCUAACUUACAACCUCAGAGAAGGCUAUGAGCCAGAAGAAAGUGAGAUGAAUGGAGUGCCCUCAUUAACACUGCCAUCUAUCACAGAAGAUGAUGAAGAUGAAGAAGAAUUGACAGAAACCCCACUCUUAACCCCAACAUCGAUGUCGCCACCUACUGCCCGUAGAGAAAACAAAACAUCUAGCAGUAAAGAUAACUUACCAGGUUUGACAGCAUCUCGGGGACAUGUUACAACAAAUAAAUUAACAAGUUUAAGAACCAGAAUAAUUGAUCCCAAAGAGGAAAGUGUGCAGCAAAGGAGACGGAGUUUUGAAAUGCGGCGAAGAAACUCAGUCGGCAAAAUCAGUCCAGGGCGUGCACCUUCUGUGGAAGGAUUGCGAUCAGUCUUUACUGCGCCACCAUCUUAUUUUGCUUCCUUUGCCAACAGAAGAGGAUCAAUGGCAGAUGAAACGGCACAAGAGAUGCAUUCAGAAUUAGAGCAAGCAAGAUGCAGCAUUGAAAGAUUGGAUAGACAGAUGAACACUGUUGCCAAUGACGUCUGCAACAUGAGUCGAGACAUAAGAAAUAUGAUGCAGCUUUUACAAACACUGCAAGGGAAUGCAUCUGCUUCUACAGAUAACUGCAGCAAUGACAGUCGGACAAAAGUACAUCCAAACCCACCAAGUGAUAAGCAAUGUCAGAAAUCUUCACCAGAAUUUAGGAAGCGAAGAAUUGGGUCAAUCCAGAAACCUUUAUUAUCUCCUGAAGAAAAAAGGAGUAUAUUGAAAGGUAGUAAAUCCAAAAGGCCACCAGUUUCUUAUGUCACUUUCUCAGAUUGUAAUGAAUCAACACCAGAGGUCAGCCCGGUUGGUGACCAAGAGGAGCCACUAUCACCAGGGGGUCUAGUGAUGCAUGCACCAGUACAUUUUUCAUCAUCAAAAACAGAUGUAAAUGAUGACACAGAAGUAGACAAAGAGAAGCAAAAUGAUAGUAGACCACACUUCGGGUUAUUAAAUCAAACAAGCAGAGAAGAAGAAUUCAAUGAACUUGAACCUCUGACAAACGGAUCUCUCAAAUCUGGAAGCGACACCAGUAUUGAUAUUGAUGUCAAUUCUCCAGUGUGCAACUGGCAGAGCACUGAUCUGUGACAGCAAUUAGAACAAAGACACAAAUUUGGUGCUCACUCUAUGGCAAACAUUGUGUUGGAGGUUUGAGCAUCAGUUUUGUUUGGCAGUAUGUCACACAGAUGUGGUCAAGAUAUUCUAGGAUUAUUUGUUGUUUAUAGUCAUUUCAAAAUUAAAUUUCGGUGUUAUAUUGUAUCUUUGAAGUUCUUUACCAGUGUCUCCUGGAGCAAGUGUUAAUGAAUCGUUCAGUAUUUUCCAUAUUUUUACGAGCAGAUUAUCUUGUAUUUAUAUAUCUAUAUUAUCUUGUUUAUUCAUGUUAAUUUGCCUAUCAUUUUAAAAAUGAUACGUACAAUUUUUAAUGGUUGUUGAGAGGGAAAUGACACUCAAGUCGCACUGUUUAUAUGCACCUUCUAAUUUGCCUUUUUAUUUAUUUUACAAGGCAUGGUAAAAUGUUUGAUGGAUAAUAUCUUUCAAAGUAAAUUGUAUCAAAAAUAAUUAUGUGUUAUUCUUUUCUCUUUAUAAUGUUUCUCAAAAUAAAAGCUGCAUGUUGUUUUAAGCAAAUUUAAAAAUAUUCAAAACUCAGUUGCAGGGUGUCUUGUGAAAGGUAAAGGUUAUGUUUGCAGACAAUCUCCAGUCCAUCGUAGUAUUAUAUACUGAUAGGUACAUAAACUGGAUGUAGGCAUUGAAAUUUAAAAGCUUUCUGUUGAGUUCAGGGUUUAUUGUUAUAUGUCGAACAUUUUUACAUAUAAACUUGUCUAUUUCUAAAAUAUUGUUUUAUUUUGUUUUAUUAUUACCUUUAUGUGUAGAUUACUGAUAUUAUGUUCAUUGAAUCUUGUAUGUGGUAAUUUUUUUUGUUUCAAUCAGGUGUGUUGUCUUGAUAUAGAGUUGACAUUAGUCCCACCUACUGUUAUGUUCCAAUACUUUUUAUCCCUACAAAUACUAUGGUUGGAGACAAAUGGAUUGAAUGAUUUAGUAGUUUGUCAUUUUCUUAAAUAUUGGCAUGUUUCAAUUCUCUGUUUACAUUUGUGGUGCUCAACAUGAUAUUUAUUAUAUUUUGCUUUGUUGUUUUCGUUGUUCUUUAUAAUUGACACUUGUAUUUUUUUCCCAACAUUUUUAGGUAAUUUUUAGUCCCAACUAUUGCCUUGAUUAAGGUAUAGAAAGAGCAAUCUCUUGAAUGAGAUAAUAAGCACAAAAUAUACUACACUUUAAAGAUAUCAUUAUAUUAAUGGUCACAACAGUUUAAUAAUCUUCACUUUUACAAUCUGUGUUAAAGAAUGUUUGUACAAAAUGAACAUACCAGAACAACCAAGUAUUGCAUUUAGUAUCUAACUGGCCCAAGUAAUUUACAGAUGUAUUCAAAAGAGCAAAUGGUUCCUGUUGCAAUGUGGUCUGUACAUUUACCAGCAUUACUGUCUAGUGGCUUUAUGUUUAAUACAUUAUAUUCAGAUCUGUAAAUACCAAUGCACCAAGUUUGCAUUAUAAGUCUUGAUUCUAGUAUGAACACAAAUGGCCAUGAUAAUAAAAACCCUUCAGAAUGUUUAUUUACUUCACAACUGUAUUAACUUAUUGAGUAAUGUAAAUAAUGUAAAUGAAGACCAGAAUCUGGUGAUAUUAACGGAUAAUAAAAAACUUAUCCUCGAAUAAAAUGGCAAAGAGUUAUGUAUUUGCUCUCUGCAAGAAAGCUCAAAUACCUUAUUAAUCAAUGAAAAUAUAGAAAUACAUUGAUAACUUAGAAUACAAUGUUAUGGGUUCUUGCUUGAUUUUUUUUCUAUAAAUGCACCAAAAGUUAUUAGGCUAAAGUACAGUAUCUUUUGUUAUGACCCACAAGAAUUAAUCAUAAAAUAAGUAGGAACCCUGAUAUUUAACUUAGCUGUGUAAAAGACUGGUUAUUUCUCAUGUUAGCUUACAACAAUAACAUUUUUUGCUCUGAAGCUGUGUCUAUUCUUUACACACAGUGUGCUAAUGAUUAUCCAAAUAACCACCAUGCAGGACUUUUAACCCUUGGGAGUUACUAUGACUGACUUGUCUGGGCUCUAUUCAGAGUGAUAACAGCUUUCAUUCUCCUUGGUUAGAUAUCCAUAAUAGGACUACAGCCACAACUAAAAUGGAUAGCCAUCUAGCAUUUCCUUCCUUGCCAGUGACUGAGUGGCUUGUUAUUAUGUAUUUACUAAACCAGCAAUGGUAAUCUAUUUUCAUUACAUUCAAUUUAAUAAUGUAAUAUCAUUUCAUUGUGAUCUUCAUACUGGACAUUCAAUCAUUUCAGUCCCUGAGGGAACUGAACUCGUUUCAGCUCACAGAAUUUUUAUUUCCUUAUUCAAAUCCUAUAUAGCUUAGUAUUUUCUUUAUUUCAACCUAAAAGUACAUUCAUUUUUACACCAGCCACUAUUCAGUGUUGCUGUUCAGCUCUUCACUGCAUCCAUUAUGUUGUAAUAUGAACCAACACCAGACUGCUCCAGGUUAACAUUGUACCAUGUGAAUGGAGCCUAAUGCCCCUAUUUCACACAGACCACGAAUCCCACGAAUCGCCAGGAAUUGAAAAUUUCAGGAUUCGUGGUUGAA